ACACACUCGCGCUAUGAGAGCAAUUAGAUUCAGCAGCGUUCCCACUGCCUCUGCAAUGACUCACUGAAACACACACACAUCCACACACACACACACACACCUACACACACACACACACACACGCUCAACACUCAGAUACAGGACGUAUAGUCGGGCUGCGCACACACGGACCGGACUUUGGAUUUGGGGCGCAGAGAACUGGACCUGGACUUUAUGGUGUAUUUUUUUUUCUUUUCUUUUUUUUUUCUUUUCUUUUCUUCAUGUGGCGCGCAGAUUGACUCCAAUUCAGGACUAAGAUCUGACGGGGAGACCGUGAAGAUCCAGUCUGAGGAUAUCCAAGUAAGCUAGAGCCCAGGUUCCCUCAAGUGUUUUGGGCUUUCUCCUGGACAGGAGAGUCAUACAGCAUCCACCGAUCUCUAUGCGUGCCCUCUGAAGAUGGAGAGCUGUAAGAAAGGUGCUUUGUUUGGCUGGAGCUCCUUAACUCAGCUCUCAACCUGAGGAGAAACAAGAAACAACUUGGAGGAAAGGCCAAGGAGCAGCUGAGGACCCAAACGUGGACCAUAAACACAACUUUCCAGGCUAAGCACAUCGGGAGCAUGACCGCCAUCGUUAACGCUUCAUGGAUGUGUCACUCCAUGGCCAAGGCCACCUUUCUGCUGUGGAUGGGGCUGGUGUCCAUCUGUGUGGCCGCUAUUCAAGUUCAGCAGCAUCCUGUGGUCACAACAAAUUAUGGAAAAUUGCGUGGAGUGAAGGUUACAUUACCCAAUGAGAUCCUAGGGCCAGUGGAGCAGUAUUUGGGAAUUCCAUAUGCACUGGCCCCAACGGAGGAGCGAAGGUUCCAGCCACCGGAGCCGCCCAUGUCCUGGCCAGGCAUCAGGAAUGCCACUCACUAUGCUCCGGUUUGUCCUCAGUUCUUGGAGGACCGCUUUUUACUCAAUGAUAUGCUCCCUGUGUGGUUCACCGCCAACUUGGAUACAGUAGUGACCUACGUCCAGGAGCAAAGCGAAGACUGCCUUUACCUGAACAUCUAUGUCCCAACUGAAGAUGAUAUCCACGAUGAGAAUGGGUUAAAGCCAGUCAUGGUGUACAUCCACGGAGGUUCAUACAUGGAGGGAACUGGCAACAUGAUUGACGGCAGCAUCCUGGCCAGCUACGGGAAUGUCAUCGUCAUCACAAUCAACUACCGGCUCGGAGUUCUGGGUUUUCUGAGCACAGGAGACCAGGCGGCCAAGGGCAACUACGGUCUGCUGGAUCAGAUUCAGGCUCUCAGGUGGAUCAAAGAAAACAUCCAGGCCUUCAAAGGAGACCCAAAGAGAGUGACCAUUUUUGGCUCUGGCGCCGGAGCAUCGUGCGUCAGCCUGCUCACCCUCUCGCAUUACUCAGAAGAUCUGUUCCAGAAAGCCAUCAUUCAGAGUGGUACGGCUCUGUCCAGCUGGGCCGUCAAUUACCAACCGGCAAAGUACACCCGGUCUCUGGCUGAGAAGGUGGGCUGCAACAUGCUGGACACCAUCGACCUGGUGGAAUGCCUGCAGAAGAAGAACUACAAGGAGCUGAUCGAGCAGUACAUCACACCUGCAAAGUACCACAUCGCCUUUGGGCCUGUGAUUGAUGGUGAUGUAAUCCCAGACGACCCUCAGAUCCUCAUGGAGCAAGGGGAGUUCCUGAAUUAUGACAUUAUGUUGGGGGUCAAUCAGGGCGAAGGCUUUAAGUUUGUAGAUGGCAUUGUGGACAGUGAGGAUGGAGUGUCUGCUAAUGAUUUUGAUUUUGCUGUAUCAGACUUUGUGGACCAUCUCUAUGGUUACCCAGAGGGCAAGGACACCUUGCGUGAGACCAUCAAGUUCAUGUACACUGAUUGGGCAGACAAGGAGAACCCAGAAACCCGACGCAAGACCCUGGUGGCGCUUUUUACUGACCACCAGUGGGUGGCGCCAGCAGUGGCCACCGCUGACCUUCACGCCCAGUAUGGCUCACCUACCUACUUCUAUGCUUUCUACCAUCACUGUCAAAGCGACAUGAAGCCCAGCUGGGCUGAUUCUGCUCACGGCGAUGAGGUACCAUACGUGUUUGGGAUCCCGAUGAUUGGACCCACAGAUCUAUUCAACUGCAACUUCUCUAAGAACGAUGUGAUGCUGAGUGCCGUUGUCAUGACCUACUGGACUAAUUUUGCCAAAACAGGGGAUCCAAAUCAGCCGGUUCCACAAGAUACAAAGUUCAUCCACACAAAGCCUAACCGCUUCGAGGAAGUAGCCUGGACCAAGUACAACCCUAAAGACCAGCUCUAUCUCCACAUUGGCCUAAAGCCUCGAGUCCGAGACCACUACCGAGCUACAAAAGUUGCGUUCUGGCUGGAAUUAGUUCCACAUCUUCACAACAUAAAUGAGUUUUUUCAGUAUGUAUCCACCACUACCAAGAUACCACCACAAGACACCACACCCUACCCUUACACCAAACGCUUCCCAGGUAAAAACUGGCCAUCCACCACACGCCACCCGGGGGUUUCCUCCGUCAACACCAAACAAACCACAGAUCAGCGCAAGAGUGGCGACCUGACCGACGAGUCAACCGUGAUGAUUGAGACCAAGCGAGACUACUCCACAGAGCUCAGCGUCACCAUAGCUGUGGGAGCAUCAUUGCUCUUUCUGAACAUCCUGGCAUUCGCAGCACUCUACUACAAGAAAGACAAACGGCGGCACGAGUCCAACCGCCGCAUCCCAACCCCGCAACGCAACUCCACUCCGGCUAAUGCUCCGUCCACAGCCAAUGAUGUGGCCCACCUGCAGAGCGAGGAGCUGAUGUCACUGCAGAUGAAGCAACAGCAGCUGGAACAUGAGCACCACCACGAGUGCGAGUCGCUCCAGACCCAUGACACGCUGCGACUCACCUGCCCCCCUGACUACACCCUUACUUUGCGCCGGUCGCCCGACGACAUACCCCUGAUGACUCCCAGCACCAUCACCAUGAUCCCCAAUUCUCUGGCUGGCAUGCAGCCUCUGCACAACUUCAACACUUUUGGUGGCAGUCAGAACAGUACCAACCUGCCCCACGGCCACUCCACCACACGGGUAUAGCUCAGCUGGGACAGGGCAGCGCUGGGUUCAGUUGCGACCAACACCAGGCAAAUUUAAGAGACUGACUGUGUAAAGCACAGACUCCAAAGUCAAAGCAGAUGUUAUUUUGUUACCAUGCCUUCUUGAAAAGUAUAAAAAGUAUAAAUGGAACAUAAACUUGUGGAUAAAGAUUCUAAAUGAAUGUUACUUUAGUAAUAACUCUUUUUGAAGCAGCGCUUCAUGGAAGGUUUUACCAAAAGCGGAAGCAAACAGUGAACGACUGUUAAUAGUCUUUUAUUACAACAUGGGCAAAUGCGCCUUUGUGGAGGCUUUUGUGCCAUAAAAACACGACUGGAAAACAGAAGCAACAAUGGAACUUGAUCUUUUCAUGAUCCUUCCUAUAUCUCCUGGCCUAACUGGGGCACAGAAAUCGACACCCCAGCCUGAAAUGUAUUUAUGAACAAGAGAAAAAAAGGAAGAGGAAAG